AUGGACGGUCAGGAUAAGCCGCAAAAUAAGCCGGAGCAAAACUUGGCAAAAACAAACUUGGAAAAUCCACCAAAUAGAAUCGGUGAGACAGUGAACAUUGUGGACCGUUCUUUAGUGUCCGUGCCUUAUGAGCUCUUGUCUUCUAAUAUCAAAGACAUAGAGUAUUUGUUGGAAAAAAAGUUGCUGAUAGUAACAACGUAUUUGAUAAAGAAAAUAGUAAACAUAGAAGACAAAACACUGUUAAAGGAGAAGAUCUUAAGGGCCCUGGAACGUUUGCAGGAGAUUAAGGGGCAAAUAAAGAAGAUAGACCACGAUAUGGAGUGCCAAAUGGUUAACUUGUACACGAGACUGAAUGAACUAAAAAAUGAACCAGAUCUGUAUAUUAAUCAAAUAAGCUCAAAUUUCACAUUUGAUACGUACAGGAAGCGAGUGUCGUGGAUUCUGGCGGAGUACCUCUCGAGGAAGUCGUUCAAUAACACGCUGGAAAUAUUCGUGGAGGAGGAGAACAUUGAAAAGUUCGUGGACGUCGACGUGCACCUAAAUUGCAAUAAGAUCAUCAGCGACUUGGAAAAACACGACCUGAACUCAGCACUGGUCUGGGCAGAAGAAAACAGAAACAGCCUGGCAAAAAUCAACUCGACGCUGCUGUAUGAACUGAGGCUGCAGAAGAUCAUCUCGAUGCUCAAGUCAGGGACGCUGAGCCAAGUACUGGAGACUAUAAACCAAUUCGUGACGAACGACGUGCUGGAAAAGUGCCCAGACGCAAGAAAAAUAAUCACUGCAGCAAUCUUUUACACGAAAGAGGACCUGGGAGAGGGAGAUAAGCAAAACGGUGCACCAAACAACACGAACACACAGGGGUCGUCGGCCGGAGGAGCAAACACAGCGGAAAUAAUGGACAAAAGAUACAGCUACCUCAUGAGCGAGGAGAGAUGGAACAAAAUAAACCAGGAGUUCAGCAAGGCGAUCUCAAAAAUAUACGGAUUCAGAGAAAAGGCUAUUCUGGAGGACCUGAUACAGGCGGGCUUCAGCGCAAUCAAGUCGAAGGGCUGCCGAGAUUACAAGAAUCCGACAUGCCCAGCGUGCCUCCCGGAGUGGUCAACGUACGUGGAGCGGAUCCCGACGCUGCACAAACUCCAGUCGAUCUUGAUAUGCCCAAUCACGGGGACAAUAAUGGACUACUCAAACCCGCCGCUGGCCUCGCCGGACGGGUACGUCAUUUCAAAGAACGCCCUCAAGUUCCUGAAUCGCAACAACAACAAUGACGACUACAUAAUAUGCCCCAAAACCAACAAAACGAUACACAUUUCGGACUUUAAGAAAAUUUUCAUCACAUGA